AUGGAAGUUCACGUGGAAAGCGCCAACGCAGACAUGCUGCCAAAGUCCUGCUAUGUGAGUGUGCGCGUCGGCGAAGUCCUUAAGCAAGGCAGAUACGAACCUCAGAGAGCUUACACAUUUCCGGCCAUCGAUCGCCGCAGGGAUGUGCGCAUAGACGUUUACCAGCACGUGGGCAGCUGCCUCCUGUCCGCAGAGCCGGACAGCUCCUCCAUGCACGAGGUCUUUGCAACAAGCACUCACCCAGACUUCCCAGCCAUGAAGUUCAAGGUGAACAUGUCCACUCGGUCCGAGGAGGUCCAGAAGUCCAAAACGGAUCGGGCUGCCAAGAUGAAGGGCAGGGCGAAGGAAUAUUUGGGCAAGCACCGAAUCGAAGAAAAGCUUUCCGAAGCUGUAAAGGCUUUGCUCAAGGAGCAGCCUGCUGACGCAGUCGACUUCGUCUGCAAGUACCUAGCUGGCACCAAGAAAGACUUGGAGAAGUCAGACAAGCAGCUCCCGCCUUUGGCUUCGGGCAGCACCAAGGCAAGCUCCAGGCCGCUUCACAAGGAAAAGGAGGCAGAAAAGCCUGGAGAAGAGUCCUUCGUCAGCAUCGACGGGACUCCUGGAGCUCCGCAGGAAGCUGCGGACACCAAGGAGGACCCCCGAAACGACCUGCCAGUGGUGAGGUCACAGGUUUGCCAGCUUCUCGUCGAGGCAGCCGAGAAUGGCCAGUUAGAAACAGCCCUGAAGGGGUCGCAGACUGACCCGGCAGAGGCGUCGGCCGUGGAACACGUUCGGGUGAAAACAGCCAACCUUCUGAUGCAGGCUGCAGAGAAUGGAGACCUAGAAGAGGCCGUGCACCACGCCCAACACGGUUCGCGGGCGAACGAAGAAGUACGGCUCAAGGUCGCUAACCUGCUGAUGUCGGCAUCGGAGAACGGAGACCUGCAUAGGGCUCUCGCAGACAUAAAGGACAACAAAAGCAGCGUAACCAUGAGCAAAGACGAGUCGCGUCAUCGCGCCGCUGGCCUACUCAUCGAGGCAGCCGAGACUGGAAAGUUGGAGGAGGCCCUCAAAGAACUGAAGACCCCGACCGUGGAGGAACUCACAGGGAGAGUUGCAAAGGCGCUUUGGGAUGCUAUGCAGAGUGGAGAGCUGGAGAAGGCUAUCAAGGAAUUGGAAGCAGAGGUCCCGGCGGCCCCAGCAGCUGCGAGUGAGCCUGCAGAAACAGAGCCGUCCCAGCCCCCUGCCACGGAGGGGAAAGCAGAGGCUGUAGAAGAAGCGAAGGCCUCUGGGAAUGAGCCUGCGGCCCCGGAAACGGAGGCAAAGCCGGAAGCUGUAGAAGAGGCAAAAGCCUCUGGCACUGAGCCUGCGCCUCCUGCAAUGGAGGGAAAGGCAGAAGUUGUCGAAGAAACAAACGCCUCCGGGAAUGCGGCAUGA